AUGUCAUCCCCAGAAUGGCAGGGAAAUAACGAGACUUAUAACGACGCCGAGGAGAGACGAGUUCUGUUGGGUGCGUUAUCUUCCUUCUAUCAAUAUGCAAAAGUAGCUCAUUACAAUACGACCCAUCUGCGAAGACAGUCAUUUUAUGCUCUCCCUCGAGCUCAUUGGGAGCUCCUGGCUCAACCUCCAUUCUCCUAUUUGGAAACCCUCGAUGCGGUAGACUCAGCUAUUGACAAGAAUGCGGAACUAGCUGCCGCUAUCCUUGAGGCUGGACUUCAAUCUUUUGGAUUAACCCAGCCCUCUAAUCAAGAGACUAUUAAACAGGACGACUGGCGUGAACUAGCAACGCCAAAUGAUCUCGAGAAAGCACGAAGCUCCCUCCGACAGUUUUAUCGCGAUUGGUCCGAGGGUGGCCGCGCAGAAAGGGAAGCAUGUUUUGGUCCAGUGAUGCGUGCACUUCGCAUUGAACGUUCCAAUCGCUCCGGAUCGAAAUUACGGGUGCUCGUCCCGGGAGCUGGACUUGGCCGCCUCGUUUUUGACCUCUGUUGUGAUGGUUUUGAUGCCGAGGGCAACGAGAUAAGUUAUCACCAGCUGCUUGCCAGUUCAUACAUUUUGAAUCACUGUCCCGAGGCUCGGUCACAUACAAUAUACCCAUGGGCCCACUCUUUUUCAAAUCAUAAAAACCGUGCAAACCACUUGAUGUCCGUCCAGGUACCAGACGUGAACCCGGGCGUUACUUUAGGUAAUGUUGAAGGAGCCGGUCAAAUGAGCAUGAGUGCCUCGGAUUUUCUACUUUUAUAUAGUGAUGAGGAUCAACGGGAUAGUUUUGAUGCAGUUGCAACUGUCUUUUUCCUUGAUACCGCGCCAAAUAUUAUACGAUAUAUUGAAGCUAUACGAAACUGUCUAAAAAAGGGAGGCUUGCUGGUCAAUGUCGGACCUUUACUCUGGCAUUUCGAGAACAAUGCUCCCGGUACCCAUGGUCGUGAAAAGGACCCAUCUCAUCCAUCGGGUAGCUGUGGUAUUGCAGAUCCAGGAAGUGUGGAAUUGACGGACGAUGAAGUCGUAGCAUUGGUUGAGAAACUUGGAUUUGAAAUAGAGUUACGAGAAUCGGGAAUUGCAGCACCGUACAUUCAAGACCCAGAAAGCAUGAUUCAGAACAUCUACCAAGCUACCCAUUGGGUAGCCAGGAAGAAAUGA